AUGUCAAAAACUACUGGAACACCAAGCUCAAAAAGAAGCUCAUUCACCCACCGCCCCAUCUCCGACAUCAUCCAAAUUAUUGGUGGCUUCCCAGCAACUGCCACUGCUACAAGCACUAACAGUAACACUAACCAAGACUACUCCCCUUGUAGCACCAGAAUCAACAACCGAGACCAAGACCUUAAGAAUACUUUGCUCUCCAAAGCCACACCGAUCAUCCAUCCGACCUUCCCUGAAAGAAAACCAUCGACGAGCAAUCUCCUCCCACAACUUCAUGAUGCGAGCACUAUCACUAUAGUCACAUAUACCUCCUCUAGUGAAGCAUCUUCCUCCUUCACUACGACGGUACUGCCAAUAUUGCCGGAGCUUAAGUGGAGCGAUUUUCUCAUAGAAGAUGUAUUUUUACCCGAUGAUGAAGGCGAGAGUGAGCCCAAAUUGAUGGAGGGGAGUGCAAGGGUGGACCAGAAUAGUUUGGUUGAUGAGUGGUGGGGUGCAAUGGAUGACAAUGUUCAGGGAUCUCCAUAUGAUGGGUCAAGCUCGUUUGUAGUUGCUAUCUUAGACCGCCAUCAAGAGACUUUAUUUCAGUUUCCAGAGUUUCUUGAUGAUACCGAUUACAUCCUAUAG